CCCACCACACACAGCACACGUCCUCGAAACUCAACCUCGCCGAACCGCCCUUCCUACCAGCGCCUUUCUCCCCGUCCCCUCAAGCGAGACAGCCAAAUCCCCCGCGUCCACCCGUCUUCCAAAGCUCAAGGGCGGCAAACAAACAUGGCGCACACGCUGUAUCCCCGCGGCACGGUCAAGAAGAUUGUAAAAGCGCACUCGAACCGCGCGCUGAGUCGGGAUGUGGAUAUCUUGAUCUUCCUCCACUAUGCGCUGUUUAUGCAGGAGCUGGUCAAGGAAGCGAGCAUCGCGUCGAAGCAGGCUGGCGAACGGGGUCUGUCGGCGAGGAGCGUGCGGAAGGUUCGGGAAGGGUGUCUGAGGGGGUUUAAGGGAUGAGUGAGCGGAUAGAUGGUCGAUAUGAUUUCACCAACGGCACAGGGGACAAGAGCGCAGGAAAAGCCGGGCAUAGCAGGGAGACGGGCUUGGGCGUGAGACGAGACGGGCUCUGCAAGUGGGCAUGGCGUUCUUGGGAGGGGUCGGAGUUAGGAUCAUGAUACCCCGGCGAUUUCGCCCUUCAAAGCAUAUACAUUAUUCAACUUUUCGGGCCCCUUGCUGUUUGGCGGCGAUGCCGUCGACCGAGGCCACUC